AUGUUGCAGUGUGUCAACUGCAAUGAGACCUUCGAUAGCCUGUGCGCUGUGAGAAGUCAUCGACGACUCGUUCACCCUAGGCAAUUCGAAGAAAGUCGGAGCAUGGUACAGGAUGCCGACACUGCCGUAGGAUUAUGCCCUCGUCAAGAGAAUUCCAACAGCACUGGCGAUUCCGCGCACAACAACAUGGGAAACGAGAAUAUCCCUCCACACUCCAGCGGAAUUACCCCUAUAACUGUCGAGACAACUAGCAACGAGGACAGCGAGAGCAAGACAGAGAGUGGCUACCAACCAGUGUACAGUCCUCGAGGUCGUAAUUUUAGUAUGCCAGUUCUGAAGCCCGAUCAGCCGGAGAUCAAAAAUGGGGGAGAUUUGAUAGAUCUCAGUGAGCAAGAUAAGAAGCCUAGUGACUUAGACAUAGCAGUCGAAGCUUUGAUACAAUCAAUUAGGAAACGAACUCAACAAGGGGAACGACACUCUCUCUUGAAUCCAACUAAAAACUCUAUGCCGUCCACUUCGCCAUCUACAAUCCCACACCAAGUCAAGAACAAUAACGGGCACAGUGAUGUGAAAUGUUCAGGGAGGAUGCAAACAGCGCAACCUGAGAUGGGCGUGAAUAAAGAAAAAGCUCCGACUAACAGUGACGAAGCGUCACAAGAUUCAAGCAUUUCAACGCGGUUCUAUACUCCGCAAUCCGAAAAUUCAGAUCGAAUUAAGCGGGCUAAGCAUAGCGAGACGAAGCAAUUAGACGGCCUAGCAAUUGCAGAGCCCAAAUAUCUUUGUCAGUACCACCAGGCGCCAGAGCCAACGCAGCAAGAAAUUCCUGGGGUGAGAAUCGUCUGUUUCGAAUGUGAGGCUACUUUCAACACAAUUAUUGGUCUCCAGCACCAUCAAAUCAUGUACGAGCACAAUUAUUGCAAAUUAUGCUUAAGCUUCUUCAACGACCGCUCGCUCUUCCAACUCCAUAUCCAGCUGAUGCACAACUUCCAAUGUAUAGAAUGCCAAUUGACCUAUCAGAGCUGGGAAGAGAGAGGAGAGCAUCAACGCCUGACAGGUCACGGGUAUUGUAAAGAUUGUGGCGGCUAUUUCUUGGACCGGGAGAGUUAUGCUAAGCACCCCAGUCUUCACAAAUCUACAAAGUUUGCAUGCCCCAUCUGCAAGGCAAGUUUCGCGACCGAGGAAAGCCGGAACAUGCACCAGAGUGCAACCAAACAUGCGUAUUGUGACGAAUGUGGACGCUGCUUCCGGGACCAAGCGAGCCGGGCCAAACACGUUAAUGUCCACAAAGCCGUCAACUUUGCCUGCCCUACCUGUGGAGCUGGAUUCGUAACGGAAGAGUGCCGGGACGCCCAUCAGCGAGAGCAUAGUCAUGGUGUCUGCUCACGAUGUGAUAAAGUAUUUGCAGACAGGGCGAGCGAGAAAAGCCAUACCGGCGUGGCCCAUAAGCACAAAUGCCCGGAGGCUGGCUGCAAACUUUCUUUCCCGACAUCUGGUCUCCUGGAGACACAUAAGGCAAAAUCACAUCACAUUUGCAUACUAUGCGAUCGGCCGCAUCCCUCUUAUAUCCAGGUUGCGAAGCCAUUUAUCUUCGAACGGACUGUCCACGCAUGUAUAGCAGCCACUGGCGUCGACCAGCUCAGAGAGGACAACAUUCGACUCCAGGGCGUUACCUGGAUCGAUAAUGUCCGGAAAGCUCUUCAUCUACCAGUCCGCACUUUCAACACUGCGGCCAUUUAUUAUCAUAAAUUCAGGCUUGUGCACCCUGACAACGAGUACAACUACCUCGAUGCCGCGGCAGCAGCACUCUUUACUGCGUGUAAGAUUGAGGACACUCUCAAGAAAUCGCGUGAUAUCCUAUGUUCAGCAUACAAUCUCAAGCUCCCACCAGCGGAACACCUAUCUGCAGAUGAUCCAUUGUUUGAAUCCCAUUCACGCGGGAUAAUAGGCCUGGAGCGGCUUAUGCUAGAGUCAUCGGGGUUUGACUUUCGGAACCGCCACCCUCAAAAGUCACUUGUGAAACUGAUAAAGCAUUUUAAUUUUGACAAGACCUCGAAAACAUCGCGAGUCGCCUAUGGCAUGAGCCUUGAUCUUUACCGGACCUUUGCUCCUCUCAAACAGACUUCAGCAACCAUGGCCUUUGCUUGUCUUGAACUGGCCGGCCGACUUCUCAACGAUCGGCACGAACGCGUUGAGUCCGGGAGGGUAUAUAGACUUUGGUUGACUUCCCGCGAAGAAAUAAUGGAGACAAUGCUCGACUUGCUCGAACUCUACACCCACAACCGCAGCUCAACCUCCAUCGGUCCUGAUUUCCCCCUCGAUCUCUUCCUCAACAUCCGCAUACCGCUCAAUCAAGAGGCGGAUUCCAAAAAGCUUCCCCGCUUCACUUACUGGGAAUCCAAAAAGUCAAGCGCCAAUGGGGUCAAAGCAUCGAACGGGAUGAAGUACAAUGGUGAUGGCCCCAAAAACGGACGCCUGCCCAACCCCCUAACUCCAAUGGCCGCCCAUGAAUCACGAAGCAAGGCAGGUGAACGGGGUCGGGAAGGUACUCUUCGAUUCAUGCUCUAUCCUGAACAGGUGAAGGCGGAACGGGAAACUGUGGCGCAAUACUUCAAGGUGGAGAUGGAGGAAUAUGAAGUGGACGAAUAG